AUGCAGGAGUACCUCGACAUGGACGGACUGCCCGAGUUCGUCAGCGGCGCCAGGAACCUCCUCUUCGGAGCAGACUCCCAGGCAGUCAAGCAGCAUCGCAUCGCUUCACUGCAGAGCAUCUCGGGGACGGGCGCCCUGGGAAUCGCCUUUGACUUCAUCGCCAAGUACCUGCCCAGAGUGGUCUACAUCUCGUCCCCCACCUGGGCCAUCCACCGCACUCUCAUCGAAAAGCACCAUUUGAAAGGACUAAAGGCCGCCAUUCCCGGAUCAUACGUGCUGCUGCACCCCAGCGCGCACAAUCCGACCGGUUUCGACCUCGGGGAGGAGCAGUGGAGGCGGGUGGCGGAGGUGAUGAAGAAGAACAGCCUGAUUCCCUUCUUCGACACGGCCUACCAAGGCUUCGCGACUGGGGAUUUCGCCAAGGACGCGUGGGCGGUCAGGGUGAUCGUGCGAGCCAUCUACUCGAGUCCCAGCAAGUAUGGAGCUCUCGUGGCUGCGAGAAUCCUCAACAAUCCGGAAUUAUUCAAGGAGUGGGAGACUGAGCUGCGGGAUGUGGUGGCGGCGAGGAUCAGGCAGAUGAGAGCGCUGCUUCGGUCGGAAUUAUAG